UUUCACACAGUUUUCUCUUUCAUUUUUCACUCGUGACAUGAGCUGUGCUGUCUGGAGAAGAUGUAACAACAAAGGCAGAAAUUCUUUUCCUUCAUGAAGUUUAUGAUGAAGAUAACUGAUAGCAUUGUAAUAGGAUUACUUAAGAGAAUUAAGAGAAUUUGACAGAAUAAAACAAAUAUUCCCUGGAGAUGUGUGACUGAGGAUGACCGUGCUGAAUUUUUGUUCCUCUUUCUCCAAAAUGAAGCAUUCUGCCCAAUACCGAUCAGAAUAAGUAAAUAUGUUUGAGUUUGUCUUUUUCAUUUUGUUCACUCCUGGAGUCAGUGGAUUUUUCUGUACAUCGUCAGAUCUAGAACUGUCGUAUACUUUUUGUGAUUCUUCAUCUCAUUAUUUCAAGUUUAAUGUGACACCCUGCAGCAUGCUGAACAAAUCCGUCUGGUAUGCUGCUGUUACCUGGAUUCCAAAAAGUGAUGUUACCUUUUUGAAGAUAGUCUUCACAGUCUGGUAUGAAGGUGCCAGAGCGUUGCAAUGGGGAGAAGUUCUUUGCAGUGGAACUGAUGACGAAUAUUCUCUGUGUGGAAGGCUGAAAGGAGAAACAAUUGACACAGAAUUUGACAUUAAGGGUAAAAGAACAUUGUUUCCAAAGGGACAUUAUAUAGUUGUUUUACAAGCAUUCUCUGAUGAUUCCGAGAAGAAUAUUAUCACGUGCUUGAACUUCACCAUGAUAGUGAAACAAGAUUCUUUCUGAAUUCAACAAACAUUUCAAAUAAAUCCAGAGCUUAGAGUCUCCUUCUGCAAACAACUGGAAUCCAUCUUAUGAAAUAUAAAGCAGUUUUCCUGAGGUAGAACACAUCAAGUUCUGUGUGGAAAGCAACAUGGAGUCUUAUUCCAUUUAUAGCAUGGCUGUGAUCAGAUGUUCAGCCAAUAUACGCAACUUCUCUUGGAGCUGGGCAUCCCAGUAAAUUCACAGAAUAACUGCAAAUGGUCAGACUGAGAACUGCAUUUCAGUGUUGUGCCUUCAGUUAUGGAAAAGCCAAGUACUUCAGACUAUGAUAUAUUCAUUCAAGAAUUUUUGAAGAUUUGAAGAAUAAAAAUUAGAAGUGUUCAACUUAAAAUACAACAGCAUUUCAGACUGAAAAAAAUGCUUUUCUGUUUUUUUCUUUUAACAAUAAAUUUGUUUGUACAAUCAA